AUGAUUCCGAAAAGCUUGUACAUGACGAAAACUUCUUACCCACAAAAUGAUGGAUGCCACCACAACGGUGAUUUUCAAUCAAUCCUCACCUGCACCAUCUGGCCGGUGUCGUCCGACACGUUCGCCUUUGUUUCGCAAGAUGCAGCAACCCCACACCGGAGGAGCUGGUGCCAGCAAUCGGUGCCGGUGCCGGCCGUUCUAUCGCUGAAAUCAUUGUCGGGAAAGCCUCGGAACAACAAGUGUCAAGGUUUCGAGGAAGCAUCGAGUCAGCACUCUGGAGCUUCGAGAAGAUGUACAAAACAAAAGCAGUUAGAGUUGGAGUUAGAAUUGCUCGACGAGGAGAGAAAGCUGCAGGAAGAGGAGAAUGCAAGGAAGCGCGAAUAUCUCCGCAGACGACAUGCCAUACUGUUGGAGAUUGCCAGUGAUUCGGCGUCUGUUGCAGAAGUUGAAGGCAAUGCACUUAACGAUCGAGUGGAUGAAAUGCGCUUCGGAAACCCAGAAGUCAUCGUGCAAAACCUGAUGGACAAAAUCAUCACAACGCCAGCUCCCAAAGCUGACAAAUUGGACACGAUAGUCGAAUAUGCUCUUGCUGUUCAAAAUUUGUGCGCAACAAUUGAAGCUUGUCAAUUAGAUAAAUAUUCUUAUAAUGUAGCGCUACUUCGUGAGCUGGUGAACAAGUUACCAUCAGCAAUCAAGCUGGAUUGGGAUGCCGUCGCAGCAGCCGACAGUAAAGUGACCGAAGAAUUGAAUUCUCUUUCUCGUCAGCGAGCGCAGGUGAUGUCAAAGGUCAACCGAAUCUACAAUGCCGUGAAGGACGCCGAACUUGGCCUACCUCAGCUAAAGGUAGAGGCCAAAAAGGCAGCAUACGCUGAAUUUUCUGGCUUCCAUAGUCAGAUUAUCGCCAUCGUUCCUGAAGAACAACUCGACGAGCAAGAAGUAAAGUAUGUAAGAUUCGAGAGACUAUACGACUGGACAUCCGCUCAAAUUGAAUCGCGCAUCAUCAAGUGCGAUCAAGCCAAACCACCGCAGGUCAUCCUUCAGCAGCAGCCUCUAAAAGCACCGAUUCCAACGUUUGAUGGAGAAUACACGAGCUGGCCGAAGUUCAAGGCUAUGUUCGUCGACGUUAUGGCACAAUCCCGAGACUCCGACGCAGUGAAGCUCUAUCAUCUCGACAAGGCCUUGGUUGGAGCUGCUGCAGGUAUUCUCGACGCGAAGACUAUCAACGAUGGUAACUACACGCAAGCAUGGAACAUCUUAACGGAACGAUUUGAGAACACCAGAGUGAUAGUGGAGACGCACAUCCGUGGUCUCUUAUCAUUCAAGAAGAUGACGUCCGAAGCCAGCAUAGAACUGAGGAGCCUUCUUGACGUGUGCACCAAGAACAUCGAUAGUUUGGAGUACCUGGGGCAACAGAUGUCUGGUGUAUCGGAGCUGAUUGUAGUUUAUCUACUAACGGCUACAUUAGACAAAUCAACACGGAAGCAUUGGGAACAAUCACUUGCAUCGGGUGAGUUGCCGACGUACAAGAAGACGAUAAACUUCUUGAAGUCACAUUGUCAGAUGCUAGAACGAUGUGAAGCCGCUAAUCAACAAUCAGUUGCAAGAACGAACCCUGCGCCGAAACAGACAACACCAAUUCCGAAAAAUUACAGCCCUACCCACACCGCUACAUCGAACGAAGCUGAGAUGACAGAGAGAUGUGAUUUUUGCAACGGUACGCAUUUCAACUAUCAAUGCAACAAGCUGAACACAUUUGCGUACAACGAGAAGAUGGAAAAAGUACGUGCAGCCGGCGUGUGUUUUAACUGUCUGCGAAAAGGACAUCGAUCAAUCAAUUGCCCCUCAACGAAGUGUUGCCGAAAGUGCCAAAAACGACAUCAUACGCAGCUGCACGACGACGAAGCCUACCAGAAGCAAGAAUCCCGAACCAUUUUGAAGGAAGAAUUGAUGCCAACCACGACCUCAUCGAAGACAAACGACUCAUCAGUGUCAACCGCCUUUGCGUGCAACCAUGGACGCUCGUCACACACCGUAUUGCUACAAACCGCAGUAGUCUUGGUUAAGAAUCAGCACGACGAACUACUGCCAUGCCGCGUUCUCUUGGACUCAGGGUCCCAGGUGAACUUCAUCACUGAGAAGAUGGCCAAUACGCUUGGCAUCCAACGACAACCUGCCUACGUCCCGAUAGCAGGGAUAAACGAUCUUCGAACGACAGCUCGUCAUAGGACAUCCUUAGAAAUUCGUUCUCGUUGCAGCGAUUUUCGUACCAAACUGGAUUGCUUGAUCACCAAGCAGGUGACUGGAACUAUCCCUUCUCGAAACAUCGACGUCACGAGGUGGAACAUUCCCAGCUACAUCCAACUUGCUGAUCCAUCAUUUUUCCGACCUGGUGGCAUCGACAUGCUGAUUGGAGCAGAGAUCUUCUUCAAGCUCAUGAAGCCGAACCUCAUCACAAUCGACGAUAGACUUCCUGAGUUACAAGAAUCUCAACUUGGUUGGCUGGUUGCCGGUGCAAUCCAGUCAGACACGCCAUCCAACGAUCUUCGUUUCGCCCAAGUGGCAUCCAUCCAAAACGUUGAAGAUUGGAUGCACAAAUUUUGGGAAAUCGAAGAAGUUCCCAAUGCAUCAUCGAAUUCAACCGACGAACAACGCUGCGAGGAACACUUUGCAGCAACACACUUCCGAGACAAUGAUGGGAGAUUUGUUGUCAGACUUCCCUUGAAGGAGAACGCUCAUCAACUUGAAAGCUGUAGAUCGCUAGCAUUAAAGCGAUUUUACAUGCUUGAAAAUCGACUUCAACACAACCCUGAACUAGGGACCCAGUACGUAGAUUUCAUUCGUGAGUACCAGGAUCUCGGCCACUGCCGAGAAGUCAACGAAGCGAACGACGACCCGAAGCGACCAGGAUACUACUUGCCUCAUCAUGCAGUACUACGACCAAACAAUUCUACCACCAAAUGCAGAGUUGUUUUCGAUGCCAGCGCAAAAGCAUCCGAAUCCAGCUUAUCACUGAACGACGUACUACUGGUGGGACCGGUGGUACAAAGCGAAUUGUAUGCCAUAAUGCUACGAUUCCGGACGUAUAGUUUUGUGUUCACGGCGGAUAUAGCAAAAAUGUACCGUCAAAUUCGAUUGCAUCCCGACGACACCCAUUACUUAAGGAUAUUCUGGAGAGAAUCCCCAAGCGAACGUUUGAAGGUCCUAGAAUUGACAACCGUCACCUAUGGCACCGCAUCUGCACCCUACCAGGCUACCAAGAGUUUAGUUCAACUCGCCGAUGACGAAGGAAAGGAGUUUCCUGUAGCAGCCGAAAUAAUCAAAAACGACUGCCAUGUGGACGACAUUUUGUCUGGUGCCAACACACUCGACGACGCACUCGAAGCUCAACGACAACUGACGACAAUGUUGGGAAAAGCAGGAUUCCCAAUCCACAAGUGGUGUUCCAAUUCCGAUAAGUUUUUAGAAAGCAUCCCGAAUCAAGACCGACAAACACCAAAACCAUUGGAAGACUGCGACAUCAAUCAAGCCAUCAAAGUCCUUGGCCUUCUAUGGGACCCAACAUCCGACGAGCUUCUUCUGGCUGGAGACAUACAUCCAGUCAUACACAGCAACCGACCGUGGACGAAGCGAAGAAUUUACUCCGAAUUCAGCAACUUUGGCGCAACAAGCAAGAUUGGGAUAAUCCUGCAGCUGGCCAUCGUUCUUGCCAAAUUGCUAGUUCAGCAACUUUGGCGCAACAAGCAAGAUUGGGAUAAUCCUGUAGACGACAUCAUCAGCCAACAAUGGAUCGAGUUACGACAAUCGUUACAUUUGCUGAAACAGUUUUCUAUUCCUCGCCGAGCAAGCAUCGAUGGUGCAGUGCAGUUCGAGCUGCAUGGAUUUGCGGACGCCUCAACCAAAGCAUAUGGAGCGUGUCUGUACAUCAGAAGCAUCAACCCCGAUGGCACAGCCACAUCAAGACUGCUAACUAGCAAGUCAAAGGUGGCACCUCUUCAUGAUAUGACGAUUCCACGCAAGGAAUUAUGCGCCGCUCUUCUACUAGCGAGAUUAAUCGACAAGGUGACUUCAACCAUCAACAUCAGAUUCCAGCAGAUAGCGUUAUGGUCGGAUAGUCAAAUUGUGUUGGCUUGGCUUCAAAAGCAUCCUAGCCAACUUGAAAUCUUUGUUCGCAAUCGCACAGCAGAGAUACGAAGGUUAACUGGAAGCUACCAGUAG